AUGAUAACAGAGUAUUCUAAGAAGUUGGACAGAGAACAUCCAUUGCCCGAAUACCCACGCCCGCAACUCAGACGUGAAGAGUGGAUGAAUUUAAACGGUGAUUGGGAGUAUGUUGUGACACCAAAGAAUCAACAAACCAUUCCAACAAAAAUAGAAGGACAUAUCACUGUCCCAUUUCCUAUCGAGUCUUUACUCUCUGGAGUACAACGAAGAGUCUCAGAGAAAGAAUAUUUGUGGUAUAGAAAAAUAGUCGAGAUGCCGUGGAGUAACAAGACUCUCUUACACUUCGGAGCAGUCGACUAUGAGUGUACUAUCUUUCUGAACAAACAAGAGGUCUUCACCCACAAAGGGGGGUAUUCCCCAUUCGAAGUGGAAAUCCCAAGCGAGACAAUUCAAGAGAACAAGACCAUUGAGAUCAUUUUAAGAGUGUGGGACCCAACAGACUGUAGUGACCAACCACGUGGCAAACAAAUACAAACGCCAUACACAAUCUGGUAUACCCCAGUGACUGGGAUUUGGCAGACAGUAUGGAUGGAACCUGUCCCAGAAGUGUAUGUCGACUACUUAGAGUUCAUCCCAGACAUCGACAAGAACACUCUGACAUUGACCGGCGAGAGUAGUGAUCGGAACACAACAACAAAUUUCAAGCUCGAAAUAUUUGAUGAGACGACGCCGAUCUUAACGGUUGAAAGUGUUGCAAUGGGUGUUGCGUUUAAGGUACCGGAGAACUUAGUGAGGUGGAGUCCAUCAAGUCCGAAAUUGUACAACACCAAAAUAACGAGCGCAACUGGCGACGUCGUCUUUUCGUACUUUGCGAUGAGGAAAUUCUCGAAAGGGACUCACCACGGGUUUCCAUGUUUCUUACUGAACAACGAGCCGAUUUUUGUGUAUGGUUUGUUGGACCAAGGGUAUUGGCCUGAUGGCUUAUACACAGCGCCAACGGAUGAAGCGCUCAAAUCGGAUUUGUUGUUCUGUCAGAAAUUGGGGUUUAACACGUUGCGGAAACAUGCCAAAGUCGAGCCAUUGCGAUGGUAUUACCACUGCGAUCAAAUGGGUAUUUUGGUCUGGCAAGAUAUGCCCUCGAGAUGUGGGUGGGGUAUUGGACAGUUCUUAGGGUGGGACCAAGAUGGAUUUAAAGAGAAAGACAAGACGGUACCGCCCGAGACUAAAGCGCUGUUUCUAGAAGAGUGGAGUGAAAUACGGCGAAGUGUUCGAAUGAGUCCGUCGGUGAUGUGUUGGGUGCCAUUUAAUGAGAAUUGGGGGCAAUUUGAUACGAGUGAAAUUUGUGAGUUGUCGCAAGAUUCACAAAGAUUGGUGAACGCCGCGAGCGGUGGAAAUCAUUUCAAAAACGUUGGAGAUAUUUGCGACUGUCACGCAUAUCCCGCGCCAAAAAUGAGAGUUGUCGACGAGCGUAUUCGUGUUGUGGGAGAGUUUGGAGGUAUAGGAAAGAAGGUAGAAGGGCACAGUUGGGUUACGCGAAGUUGGGGAUAUGUCAAGAGUGAUACAGUUGAAGACGUCUAUGAAAAGUAUGUUGAAAUACUUGAACACAUUGAAGGAUUGGCUGGUGCUAUAUACACACAACUUUCGGAUGUUGAGACUGAAACGAAUGGAUUGAUAACUUACGACAGAUGUGUUGAAAAGGUCGACAUCGAUCGAAUGAAAAAGAUUCAUGACCACCUUUAUAAUUCAAUGAAGUAA